GCAAAACCCAUAAAUGAUACCGCGCGGCAAGACUUUUCCGGAUCGAACGAAGCAAAAUAGUACACACUCUGUAGGAGUCAGCCGCUUGUCGCUGCAACGAGUCUAGCUGCUAAUACACAGCACAUCAGAGUAGAGAAAUUAUGCUUCAACAGUGAAAAAUUCUGCCAACAUUAACGUAAGACCCGGCGGACCCACGUUAGGGCCAACCUACCCAACUAGUUACUAUAGAGCGAACGAGAGAGAGAGAGUGAAAGAGAGCGAGUCUGUAGAGAAGUAUCAGCCUGACCAACUAAGUUCGGACUGCGACUAUCGCAUUGAUCUCAACACGUCACACAACUCACACAAGCUACCCCCCAGCACCAUGAGAUCCAUCAACGAGUUUAGAGCGUCUUCGUCGACACUUUCGGGUGCACCGAGUUUGACCAUGAGCAAGCCGAGCCUGAACAACAGCAAGGCCAGUCUCACGCACAGCAAGCAGAGCCUGAACGAUUCGAACCGUGAAGAGCGGCCACCGACACGCGAAGAGCUCAUCUCGGAGUUUCUGGACAAAGCAAAGUUCUAUACGUCGCUCUGCCUAGGUACGACCGCCAUUUUGUCCGUGUUUGCGUUUCUCUUCCUGAUACCGUUCGUGGUGGAUCCCGCCAUCUCGACCAUCGUGGCGGACUAUGACCCCAUACCGGUGACGUGCGUAGUGACGGAUCACGUAUACGCGGAAGGUAUGCGCAACUGUACCUGGAGCUCGUGUCGCGAGGGCUGUACUACCGCCGCCAUCCGGUGUCAUCAGCUGCUCGUGAACUACACCAAGGUCGCGUUCCACGAGUGGCACAAGCAUCCGCGCGAACUGGACAGCAUCGAGUGGGACGUCAUGGACACCAAGUUCCUGGUGAACACCGAGGGCUGCGGCUAUCCUCCGCGGGUGAACUGUUCCGAGUUUGCGAAACAGUACGGCUACUCGCACAUCGGAGAUCCGUUUCCGUGCUACUACAGCCGAGCCUAUCCGGAGAUGGUGGUUGCACGCUACUCCUGGGAUGACAAUCUGAAGCACCUUAUACUGUCCCUGAUCAUCCCGAACGUACUGUUCGCGGUGUCGAUCGGUGUGCUGAGCUACUGGUACUGUCCUUGCUGUGAUAAAGCCUGCCACAAGUCGCCUCGAGUCUACGCGGAGAAGUAUCCAUCUAAAGAGAACAAACUUCUUUGCCGUAGUGACGAUGAGGAAGACGAACUAGACUACUGAAAAGACCAUUUUCCAAUUUUUCACCAAAACGCUGCAGCCGAUUUUUCUGUUUUGAAAGUACACACACUUUACCAGCCCGUACAGUUCUACCUUCAAACAACACACGCCUCCCGUUUGUUCGUAACACACCAAACACACUCGGUUACUGCUUAUGGUUUUCCCUCCUUGUGCAACUCGGAGCUCCGGUUUGGCUUCCUACCACUGUUACUUUCGUUGAUGCAACCAUACUGCACCGAGGACACGAGAGUCCUCGCGAGCACACACACAAACACAUCCCCACAAACACACAAGUCUAACGCUCACCGUCACCGUGCAAACGUAUCGGAAAUGCAUCGGCAAGCAAAACAAACCCCAGCAGGACAACGGAUCCAUUUUGAGCUAGUAAAUAAGAUACAGUAGCAAUGAUUUCCGUACUUCAAUUGUUGCUUCCUGCGUUCUAUUACCAUCUGCAUGCAACACGAGCUACUUCGCUGAACCGUUCUCAGUUGUUGUUGAUUAAAGUAUCGCUAGCUUUUUCUUCGCUUUGUGGAGGCUGCACUGACGAAGUUUGCGAGCCAGACAACCAUGGACAGUGAUUGAGAUCAGUGCUUUUAGCGAACUGUUAGAUAAGGAUAAUCAACCUGGCAAACUGGCACUUGCUUAUUAGGGACUGCAUUCGGCCAAGGAAUGGAGCGUUGAGCUUCCUCUUCUGAAACGGCUUGCAGCUGUUAAUUACAUGAGUAACACAGUGUAUAUAGCAAUGUACAAAGUAAUGUACCGAAUUCGCACGAUGUGCGAGCAACAAUGAUCAACCAAAAGUCGGAAAGACAGUGCAUUACGUGUUUGUAAAUAGCUUUCGUGUUUCGAAUAAAACAUUGCUAGUACCAACGAGUGCUGCUGCGGACCGAUUCCGUUCCGAUUGUGCUUAUCAGAUGAUUUCGAAAACGAUAGCAAAAUUUUAAUCACACUCCGAUGUAUAUUUUAGUCUGUGAUAAGCAGUAAUGGUACACUGCGGGGGCCUCGAAACGGGCCAGUGCCAUUUCCCUCGAAGAUAGCCAAUGACCAAUGCAACGCUUCACUUUUGCGCUCUUUACCGAAAUGUAGAACAAUUGGUUUAUAGUCGCUUUUGGCAGAUUGUUUCCUUUGAAAAUACGAAAAGAAGAACGCUUUUUCGAAUGCUUUCUCUUCGCUUUACUCCUUUUGCUCGUUUCAAUUAAAUUUCGUUAACCCGGACCAGUUGUUCCGCUACACGGUCAAAGUGUAGUUCUCUCUGUCUCUCUCUCUAAUACCACCAUUUCUGUUUUCCUUUCUACAACCUUAUACAACACUCCGACCGUCGUCCACCUGGAUCGAAACCCACGUGAAAACACCCCGUCUCCCUCGAAUCGUUUCUGCCACACAACAAACCAACAACACGCAACACAAAAACCUACCCCCAUUAAACAUGGCCACAACCUCCACACCACUCCUCGUUCGCCGUCCCGAAAAGGAAAGAGUCAUGGAACAUUGAAUAUCCACAAGAGUACAUCGAUAAAAUGUAAUCGCCCAGCUCCCGACCAACAACUCAUCUGCCGGUGAUGUGCCCGUGAGGACAUGUGGAUGAAAAUCCAUUCAUCCUACAUCACGACAACAGCGAACAGCAGGAACCACAGAAGCCCCGUAAGCGCGAGGAUCUGCGAAUCAGCAUCGCCCCAGAGUUUCAUUAACAUUGUGCUCCACUCUGCUAGCUGGCACCUAUACGGCAAAAUGGGGACCGUUUAGGAGCGAUUAGAUAACGGGAAUUAUCUCUCGUUACCUGAUGCGGGUAGGUUGCGAAAUUGAAAAUCUUGUUGCGGACCAUUUUCCACGAUGAAUGUUUGCCUAUGUUCUGUUACACUGCGAACGGGGACCGCACAUCACUCCAUCCUUUCCUGUUAUCGUCAUUUCCGACAUUAAGCUUUUGUCAAUGCUUUCGCCUUUACCUAGCCGCCAACAAUCAUGCUGGCCGGAACAAGGUCGUGGUGAAACUAAAGCUAAUUUCAAAAUCGUUGAAACGGCUUUAAAUUCAAAGAUCGAUCGUAAAAAUUAAGAAUAAACAAGUAAUAAUUAGCAACAAAGAAAACUAAAUCACGAGCAUCGGCAAUAUAACCGAAGAUUUGCACGAUGAUGCCCCCCGUGAGUUGGAAAUGCUUUAUCGAUCAAGUCUUUGAUAAGAAAUC